AUGGCUGCAUCUUUCUUCAAUAACAAGGCCCGUGCCGCUGCUGUCGCGGCGUCCAGCAGCUCCAAGUCCAAGGCUGGCGACAACAAGGAAGACUCAACUCGGCUCCAGCCGUGGGUUGAGAAAUAUCGCCCUAAAUCCUUGGAUGAUGUCGCUGCCCAAGACCAUACGACAAAAGUGCUACAACGUACCCUCCAAGCUUCAAACCUCCCCCACAUGCUCUUCUACGGCCCCCCAGGAACAGGUAAAACCUCAACCAUUCUUGCCCUCGCCAAAUCUCUCUUCGGCCCCGCCCUAUACCGCUCCCGCAUCCUAGAACUGAACGCCUCCGACGAGCGCGGAAUCGGCAUCGUUCGCGACAAAGUAAAGAACUUUGCUCGUGCCCAGCUAUCCCAACCCACAGGAUUGGACGCCGCCUAUCGCGCCCAGUACCCAUGCCCACCAUUCAAGAUCAUCAUCCUCGACGAGGCAGACAGCAUGACGCAAGACGCGCAGUCCGCUCUGCGCCGCACAAUGGAGACCUACAGUCGGAUUACACGGUUCUGUCUUGUUUGCAACUAUGUCACGCGAAUCAUCGAGCCAUUGGCCAGUCGAUGCAGCAAGUUUCGGUUCAAGAUGCUGGAUAACAGCGCUGCGGGCACGCGUGUUGCCAAUAUUGCCGAACAAGAAGGCCUGCAGCUUGAAGAUGGCGUGAUUGAUACUCUGAUUCGCUGCGGUGAGGGUGAUUUGCGUCGUGCUAUUACGUACUUGCAAAGUGCGGCGCGCCUCGUCGGUGCUGCGAAGCCGCCUGCGGUGAAGGAUGCGGAUGAUGAUGAUGAGAUGACGGAUGCUGGGAGCAGCACUAGUCGUAUUAUCACUAUUCGGAGUAUCGAAGAGAUUGCUGGCGUUGUGCCGGAGAGCAUUAUUGAUUCCCUUGUGCAAGCUAUGCAGCCCAAGAAGAACGAGUCGGCGUAUGAGGCUGUCUCGAAGGUUAUUACGGAUGUUGUGGCGGAUGGUUGGAGUGCCACACAGAUUAUUGGACAGCUAUACCGUCGAAUUGUUUACAGUGAGGCAAUUCCCGAUAUUCAGAAAAAUAAGAUUGUCAUGCUUUUCUCCGAGAUGGACAAGCGGCUGGUGGAUGGAUCUGAUGAGCAUCUUUCUAUGCUGGAUUUGACGCUACGAAUCGCUGGCAUUUUAAGUGGAAGUGGAAACUGA